CCUCCCGGCUCGACAGGCGGCGCGGGCGGCGGUAAAAUGUCGGCUCCAGGACCUUACCAGGCGGCUGCAGGCCCUUCUGCAAUGCCCACUGCACCCCCAACCUAUGAAGAGACAGUGGGUGUCAACAGCUACUACCCAGUGCCCCCAGCACCUGUUCCGGGGCCAGCCACGGGGCUCAUCACAGGCCCAGAUGGGAAGGGCAUGAAUCCACCUUCGUACUACACCCAGCCCGUGCCUGUUCCCAAUGCCAACGCAAUUGCCGUACAGACUGUGUAUGUGCAGCAGCCCGUCUCCUUUUAUGACCGCCCUGUCCAGAUGUGCUGUCCGUCCUGCAGCAAGAUGAUCGUGACCCAGCUGUCCUACAACGCCGGCGCCCUCACCUGGCUGUCCUGUGGCAGUCUGUGUCUGCUGGGGUGCAUCGCUGGCUGCUGCUUCAUCCCAUUCUGUGUAGACGCCCUGCAAGACGUGGACCAUUACUGCCCCAACUGCAAAGCGCUCCUGGGCACCUACAAGCGCUUGUAGGACUUGGCCAGCCAGCCAUAGGGGAAAUGGUAGAUCCAUGCUACCGGAAGUCACCCGACCCUUGCCCAGCUCACCCAGAAGAGGCUCCUUCCUUGAUUUCAUCUCUUCAUGGGCUCCAUCUUCGUGUCUUUUGGGGGAUGGAAAAGGUCAAAAAAGUAACCAGCCUCCAAACCCCAGAAACUGCCGCUUGGAGUUGUGCCCUGCAAAGACAUGGACCUUGAUGUUUCAAGGGCUUACAGCCUGCCCAAGUCACCCCCACUAACUGUGAUUGUUACCCCAUUUACCUCACCACUGAUUUGCCAUUGGCUGGCUCCUCUUCCUCCUCAGCGGGCCUUCCUGGUGACAGUCUCAAACCCGGAAGCCAGUUUGCCUUAUUCACUGUUGGCCUGAUCUUGUCUGUCUCCCCAUCCCUGAUGGCAGAGACCCCGCCUUAAAGACUCUGUGGUUCUGUAAUUGUAGACUUCUCUGGCAUUCAGAAUCACUUUAAUUUCAUAGGUUUUUGUUUUGUUUUCCAAGUGCACAGAAGGGCUGCCGACACCCACCAGACACAUACAGAGAAGGUCACAAAAUAAAAACAGCAGUCAGGCUGGUUUAAUCACACCCGGCCUGUCUUAGCCUUGCUCCUGUGGGGAGGGGGGGGUCUUCUUCCUCACAGUUUCUGUGAGCGCCUUUUGUUCUUAAAACACACGUGGAAGUCACUUGGCAGGGAGACAUUUCUACAAUAACUUUUGUGAUCAUAAUACAGCCUUCAUUUUUUCAUUUGCUGGUGUGAUUUUAGUUGGUUUUGUUUUAGUUUUUGAUAUGCAUUCUGGCUUUGUUGCCCAGCCCAGCCUUGAACUCCUGGGUUCAAGUCCAUCCUUCAGUCUUCGCCUCUCAAGUGCCCAGGGCUCUGGGCUUGUGCCGCUGCACCUACUGGGCUUUUUUUUUUUUUUUUUUUCAACAAAUAGGUAAUUUUGUCUACUGCCUACAUGGAUUUGUGUGGUUUUGAAAACCUUGUUGCCGGGCAGUGGUGGCGCAUGCCUUUAAUCCCAGCACUUGGGAGGCAGAGCCAGGUGGAUCUCUGUGAGUUCAAGGCUAGCCUGGGCUACCAAGUGAGCUCCAGGAAAAGGUGCAAAGCUACACAAAGAAACCCUGUCUCGAAAAACCAAAAAAAAAAAAGAAAAGAAAAGAAAACCUUGUCUGUGUGGGGUCUCUUUGAGGGGAUGAGGGGAUCUCUAGCUGAGCCUGUGUUACAGAGCUGAGAGCUUGGCCAGAGAACCUGAAGCAUGACUUUGUGUUUUAGAGAUGAGCUUGUUGUGUGGCACCAGCAUGGUCUUCAAUAUCAGCGGACCAGGUGGGAGGACGCCAAAGACAAGUCAGGGCUCUUUCUAGGGUGACCACUCUGUCAUCUUUAGCAUUGACAUAGCGCAGCCAGCUUUUCAGGAGACCCUGUCUCCAUCUCAAACCCACACAGAACUCUGCAAACAAUAGUGUGUGGAGUCAGCCCGACCCUGAACUGCCUGUUGGUUAAGAUACAGUCCUAACCAUUGUCUGAGCUGUUCAUGCAGUGAUCCAGAGAAACUAGCCAUCUUGUUUGCAGUGAAUUAUGGGUACCAUAUACAACUUUGGUGUUAUGUGCUUUUAAACAAAUAAAAUCUUUGGUCACUCUUGGUAAUCGA